GACUCCAUCUCCCCCGACCCAAGCGCUUAAUGGCCGCUGGCAAUCUUGGGGGAGCCAGCUGUUGGACUAUGCCCCGCUGCCAGGAAACAGGCGCCAGAAGGUUCUCCGACAAGAUCCCGCCUUCCUAAGACGGUAAAGGCGUUCACAGGUCGGGAAGGGGCGGUGGGAGUAGCGGGACAGCGCUGAGCAUUGCUCGUGAACUGUGGGUCGGCCUGCGAAGAGGCCCAGUUUCGUGGCACCAGUGUGGCGCCCGCACUGGAAGGUGGUGUUGUGACCGAGCGAAAACUACAAUUCCCAGCAUUCCUGCGGUGCCAGAACUACCUUGCCCGAAAGCCUGUGCGAGAUUUACCCCGUCUUCCGCCUCCCGCCCGCCGGAAAACUCUGAGGCCAUGAAUAGUCGCCAGGCUUGGCGGCUCUUGCUCUCCCAAGGCAGAGGGGAUCGUUGGGUUUCAAGCCCCCGCGGGCAUUUCUCGCCGGCCCUGCGGAGAGGUGAGGCAAGGCGUCGUGUCAUAGAUGUCUGAGUGCUCUCUAGGGAGACGAUGCCCGUGGGUCGCGCCUGCUCGAGCGAACGGGAAGAGAAGGUGCCACACCCUCGUCCCCGAUUCACGCCUUGUGCUGGCGACACAGCUGCCUGCUGUCCCGACUUGCCCAGCUCGCCCCAAGGGGCGAGGACUGAGGAAAUCAGUGCCUUUCUGUUCUUAAAGCGAACCUUUGAAGGCCAGGGCUUCGCGCCCGGCUUCUUUCUCAGCCCUUGUUUCCCUUUUUUGGUGACAAGAGGCUAGUAAUCUGGUAGGUUUGUCUGGAGGCAGCGUAAGGUAAUCUGUGCUUGAGGGUGUCCUGAUUUCUUCUGUGGCCUGAUCUUUAGAUUUUGUUUUUUUUAGGUGCUGGCCUCGAGCCCAAGUUUUUGGUAGACAGCAUCAUAAAUUUCAGAUCACGUCUGCCUUAUUCUCGCUGGAAUUCUCAGUACUUUUCAGUCACAUUGUAGACUUUGGGAAAAAAAGUGAAUACUGGAACCUACAAGUUUCCAACCGGUUGGCACCCCUGUUAACAGAGUGUCCUGAAGACAUCUAACUUUAUUCCGAGAAACGUUUCUAGGGCUAGGUUUUUCUUGUUGUCGUUUUUUACCCCCCGUUUUUAAACUUCCCUCCUAGUUUUUAAACCGUUUUAAGGUUGUCCACAAAAUAGGCGAAUAGGCACCUCUUAUCAACCUUAGCAUUCUCUGUUCACCUUCUUGAAUCUUCAGUGCCAGACUUCUUCACCACCACAACCAAGGAGGGAUAUGAUAGGCGGCCAGUGGAUAUAACUCCUUUAGAACAAAGGAAAUUAACUUUUGAUACCCAUGCAUUGGUUCAGGACUUGGAAACUCAUGGAUUUGACAAAACACAAGCAGAAACAAUUGUAUCAGCAUUAACUACUUUAUCAAAUGUCAGCCUGGAUACUAUCUAUAAAGAGAUGGUCACUCAAGCUCAACAGGAAAUAACAGUACAACAGCUAAUGGCUCAUUUGGAUUCUAUCAGGAAAGACAUGGUCAUCCUAGAGAAAAGUGAAUUCGCAAAUCUGAGAGCAGAGAAUGAGAAAAUGAAAAUUGAAUUAGACCAAGUUAAGCAACAACUAAUGCAUGAAACCAGUCGAAUCAGAGCAGAUAAUAAACUGGAUAUCAACCUAGAAAGGAGCAGAGUAACAGAUAUGUUUACAGAUCAAGAAAAGCAACUUAUGGAAACAACUACAGAAUUUACAAAAAAGGAUACUCAAACCAAAAGUAUUAUUUCAGAGACCAGUAAUAAAAUUGACGCUGAAAUUGCUUCCUUGAAAACACUGAUGGAGUCUAACAAACUUGAGACAAUUCGUUAUCUUGCAGCUUCGGUGUUUACUUGCCUGGCAAUAGCAUUGGGAUUUUAUAGAUUCUGGAAGUAGUAGUAAUGCUCAUACUGCCAUGGCUGUUGGCUUCUUAGAACACCAAACCAGGAGAGAUUUACUUUGAACAUUGUCAGUUGCAGCAAAAAUUUACUACACAAGAUUAUUCAAAGUAUAUAUGAACUAAAAGAGGACUAUUUUAGAAAGAGAUAUUUUGUCUUUAUUGUGUGUGUCUUUAGUAUAUUGAAAAGCUGUCAUUCAGACCUGGUUUGAGAUGGAAGAGCAUUUCGCCCUUUUUGAUAGUUCAUAGAAAUCGAACCAGAGUUUUCUUGUGUUUGCUUGAACAAUUGUGUAAAUCAUACAGGAUUUUGUUGGUAUUGGUUGAAUAUUUGAUAUUGGUUGAAUAUUUGAAAACUAUUCCCUAGCCUACAUAUUUAUUACUGAAUUAACUUUUCCUGAUAACCAUUGCAUAAUUACAUUUUUUUUUUAUAAAAUAAAAGACUAUUACAACAAAGUUGUGUGGGUUUUAAAAGUGACUUACCAUAUAGCUGGAGAUUGAUUUCUUUUUGGUAAUGAACUAAAACAAUAAAUUUUAAAAUGAUUGAUAGGCCAGGUGCGGUGGCUCACACCGGUAAUCUCAGCACUUUGGGAGGCUGAGGCAGGCGGAUCACUUGAGGUCAGGUGUUCUAGACCAGCCUGGCCAACAUGGUGAAACCCUGUCGCUACUGAAAAUACAAAAAUUGGCCAGAUGUGGUGGUGCAUGCCUGUAAUCCCAGCUACUUGGGAGACUGAGGCAGGAGAAUUGCUUGAACCUGGGAGGAAGAGGUUGCAGUGAGCUGAGAUAGCGCCACUGCACUCCAGCCUGGGUGACAGAGCAAGACUCCAUUUCAUAAAUAAAUGUGUGCUUUAGUGCAAA